GAAAGGUUGAGACGAGAACGAAGAACCGAAGAUGACAUGCCGGCCUCUUUCUGACCAGCGAUGCGUCGAUAUGGAACACACCUAGUAUUGGAUCGAAGAUCGACGAGACAAGCCACUCGUGGAGUGAAGCGCCCAUCGUCGUUUACAUCUACAGAUACGCACCGACCAAAGACCGGGGCAAGACUACGACCUCCCAGCACCACACGCGAAACACACCACCCACGGCCCGAAACGAACGAGACGCAAGCCCUGAAUGCCGCACCCUUCCGCACGGAACGCCGCCGCUGUCUCUUUCUCUCGCAGAAUCUCCGUGCUCGUUUGGAUGGUCUUGUUCGCGGGCCGCCAGCUCCGCAUUCCCGCCGCACGAGCCUUCGCCACCGGGUCCGUUUCGAACAGCCGCAGAGCCGCCUCCGCAAGCGCCAGCGCCUUGCUCGAGACACCGAAAGCAACUGCAACGAGCCCCCCGCUUGCUACUGCCACCGCCACGCGCCUCCGAUCCACGCUCGCCAUGGAGACCGGCAACGCAACCACAACCGAAGCCCCCGAGACGAAACGCGAGUACCCCAUCGAGAUGUCCGACGACGAAAAGUAUCUCUUCGACCUGAACGGGUACCUGAUCGUCCGGGGGGUCCUCACGCCGGAGGAGGUAGACGAGGCCAACGCCGCCAUCGAUCGCCAUGCCGACGAGAUGAUCGAGCGGUCCGAUGCGGACCUCCGGAACGCCAAACGGGGAACAAAGUACUCCGGGCAGGGGCCGGGCCGGAUGGACCUGGGACGCUGCUUGGAGUGGGGGGAAACCGACUCGAGGGUCUUUCGCUCGAUCCUGGCGCACCCCCGCCUGGUCCCGGUCUUCCACGGGAUCCUCGGCAAGGGGUACCGGAUGGACCACCUGCCCAUGGUGCUGGCGCAGAACAAGGGAUCGGAGGGCUUCCAGCUCCACGGGGGGACCAUCGACUGCAACUCGGGGGCCUACAACCCCUUCCUCGCCUACCACUGCUCGAACGGGGCCAUCACGACGGCCCUGCUGGGCUGCAACGUCAUCCUAAGGGACCACAACCCCGGCGACGGUGGCUUUUGCAUCGUGCCGGGAUCGCACAAGUCCAACUUUCGGAUGCCGAAGGGCAUGGUGGACGGAGAACGAUACGAGGAAUUCGUCGUCCAGCCGGCCACCAAGGCCGGGGACGUCAUUCUCUUUAGCGAGGGAACGGUGCACGGAGCCAAGGUAGGUUUCAUUUCGUUUCGUUGGGCUGCGCUGGAUGGCACAGGGCCCGGCCCUUUUUCCUCAAAAAGGAUGUUUUGAAAUGAAGUCCCGCAUCGAACUGCACGACACAAAAUGCCGUUCGGGCUUUUGUUCUCGGGAGUUUGCCGUUUGCGAUUUCCAAAAAACAAUGUACUGUACUACUUUCCGACGAUACCAGCUGCUCAUUCUCCUUUUGCUUGCUUCCUUGUUCUUGUACGAUGGCGUAUGCCGAAUCCUUGCCCAUUGUCGACAGCCCUGGACCAGCGACGAGCAGCGCCGGACGGCCCUCUUUCGGUUUUCCCCGGCCACGAACGUCUACGGGAGGAGCUACUUUGGCCACGAGGGAGGGGGCUGGCCCUCCGCCAUGUACGAGGGCCUGACGCCCGCGCAAAAGGCCGUCCUGGAGCCACCCUACGCCAACCGGCUGGACCGGCCGAACAUCCUGGACGACGCCGAGUCGGUGGAAAUCACCACGAGAAACGCCCGCAAGAAGCAGCACGACCGGGACGUCUUUGGAACCAAGUACUUUUGAGCGAGGCCGCUAGGCAAGGCUAGGCUAGGCAGCGCAGCGCAGCGGUGCUCUGGUACGGCAUGUCGUUUGCGGAACACGGUGCUCUACCGGCUCUUGCGGGCUGCCGGCAGGCAGCAACGUAAUGCCAAUCAAAAUGAACUACUGCU